AUGGCCGAUUUAUCUACGACUAUUGCUGGUGUCAGACUUCCAAACUUGUUAUUUAACGCUUCUGGAGUAUGCUGUCAAACUGAAGCUGAUUUGAAACAAAUGCUUGAAAGCGAAUCUGGCUCCUUGAUUACGAAAUCAGCCACUUUUGAAUCGCGUGAGGGUAAUCCUUCCCCUCGUUAUACCCCCUUGCCCAGUGGAAUCGGUAGUAUCAACUCUAUGGGUCUUCCUAAUGAAGGUUAUGAAUACUACUUGAAUUAUGCAAAGAAUUACGAUUACAGCAACGAAAAGCCGUUGUUCAUCUCUCUUUCAGGUUUAUCACUUGCAGAUAACAUCAAGAUGUGUCAAGCUUUUGUUGACGCUGAUCUUCCUUGUAUUCUUGAAAUCAACUUUUCAUGUCCUAAUGUUCCUGGUAAACCUCAACUGGGUUACGACUUUGAAGCGAUGGAGAACGCUUUGAAUGUGUUGGCACCCAUCAUAAAGAAACCCUUUGGUAUCAAGCUUCCUCCUUAUUUUGACAUUGCUCACUUUGACAUUGCAGCUGCUAUAUUCAACAAGUUUGACAAUUUAGCCUUUGUCACAUGUAUCAACUCGGUCGGUAAUGGUUUAGCUAUUGAUCUCGAAACUGAAACUGCACUGAUCAAGCCCAAGGAUGGUUUUGGUGGUCUUGGUGGACUGAUGGUUUUGAACACAGCUUUAGCUAAUGUCAAUGCUUUUCAUCGUAGAUUAAAGAACAAACAAGUCAUUGGUGUAGGUGGAGUAACGUCUGGUAAGGAAGCUUUUCUUCAUGUGUUGGCUGGUGCUAGUGCAGUCCAGAUUGGUACCCAACUUAAAGAAGAAGGCCCUGCUAUUUUUGCACGUAUCAAGAAAGAAUUAUCUGAUAUCAUGAUAGCAAAGGGUUACAAGUCCUUGAACGACUUUUGUGGAAAGGUUAAAACUUUGUAA